ACCCAGAAAGGCCGAACUAAUUUGGCGAUCUUCAUCGGAUCUCUUUCUUUCGUCGAAUCUUUUCUGCUGAAUGGACCUCAUAAAACUCAUCAUUGUUAUUUUUCUUACCUUACAUGAUAGUUAGAUUUAGUUUCAGAGGUUGAUUCCCACCUUGAUUUCAACUCUCUCUGGAAUCAACGAUUUGUGGUUUGACAGAUUCCGAGAAAUUAGGGUUUAGGGUUCUGUCGGUUGAAAUUUGAUCCUCAUAGAUGUUCAAAAAAAUUUAGGGUUCGGGUAUUAAGAUUUCAAUUGAAUCUAAUCCUUUUAUCAGAAUUUAGGGUUGGGUGAGAUUUUCCAAGAAUGUCUGUCUUCAGUGAUCAAUUCAAUGGGCCCGUCAGGCGUACGGAAGACGGACUCAUAGACAUGGCCAUAUAUCGGCUGGACUCUGAAACAGGCUUGCCCUAUUUCCUUUCACCAACUCUAUUACCGACGGAUUUAUAUCCGGCGAAUGUAUUGGAGGAACAUCAAACAUACUUGCCCUCUGCACCAUCUCCUGACCACGAUGAUGACCUUGUACCACGGUCGCCCUGCAUAACACUUUUUCCCAUUCCUGAGCCUCCUCCACCAUCGUUUAUACUGGAAUCUCGAAGAAUUCCUAUAUACGAGAAGAUUACACCUCUGGGCUUACUUUGUAAAGUUGGAAUUCAUUGCUACAAUCUGCACAAGGGGACAAACUUUCAAUUUUUGUCUGCACUUGGGAAUGUGUCCAAGGAUACCGGAAUAGUUACUUCCAUGAUAGUCAAUUCCACUCGCGACUUCGAAGCAAGGGUUCAGUAUAAUGAGGUUGAGAAGAAACGUUUCUCGACUAUGAUUGUAACCCUCUGCAGGUUUAAGCCGCCGCAAACUCCAGAGGAGGUGGAAGGCGACCUAUGUGCGGCCUUUGACAGACUUUCCGUGGAUGAUUUCUUCAAAGGUGACAUGCCCGAUUGGGUGCCUGAGGAUGCACUAACUGCCAGUGAUAAUCUGCAAUACUACGAGAUGAAAGAAUCAGAGGUGGAAGAAUACAAGAAAUGGCUUCAUCUGUAUGCGGAACUUGCAUUCUUUACCACUUGUGGACGUUUCCUGGAAAAACUGCAGUGGGCACAGCCAUUUGAGCUGAGAAAGAUAAUUGUACAAACCAGAGAAGAUGUGGAGUCGAAGAAGUGGGCCAAGGCGGAGAAUGCAAUCUUCUACAUUGCCUUCAAAAGCCGUGGCUCCCGUCGAGACUACAAUGCUAUCAUAAGGAGAACAAUGGAUGGAACGCCAGAGCAUAUGUCGCUUGAAGUCAAGUGUUUCAAGAUGUGAAAGUCCACCAUUAUGUAUCAAGUAUCAUACAGUCCCAUUAUGUAUUUAAGUAUCGUAUCGAUCUGAGGUCUUUCUUUAAAAAAGUACUAUGGAGCGU